CCUCGUUUACCGGCUUUGUGGUUUUCAUCCCUUCUCAAGCGGUUUUUCUUUUAACUACACCUACUAACUCAGUCCACUCCAGCUGAUGAUGCUCGUCUCUGAACACUGAUUUCAUCUCUAUUUAUUCACCAAACCGAUCAUAUGUACAUAGAAGAAUACAUUGAAGAAGAUGAAGAACCACCUUUGCUGCUCAGCUCUCGUCCUUCUCACGGUGCUCGGCUGUGGUGGGACUGCAGCAGUGCAGUGUCGGUGGGGGGAAGGGUGUGUGUGUCUGCGAUGCCCUGCAGGCCAGGAGCCUUCCAAGGCUUGUGGGCAGAUCCAAAGUCCGGCAGAGGAAGUGCAAUGCCGAUUGUGCCAGACUGGAAGCUUUUCAGACGCGUUCGACUCUGAACUUUGCCGUCCGCAUGCCUCCUGCAAGAUCCUCGGCCGUACGGUUGCAACCCCUGGCACCGCGACCUCUGAUGCUGUCUGUGGAGCCUGUCUGCCUGGGUUUCACUCCACUGCCACGGGGGAAGUUUCCACCCAAAGUCCCUGUGUGAAAACAUCUUUGCACAUCAGAACAGUGCGUACAGUGGGGAAAGGUCCAUCCAGCGGUGCAGGAGGGCCGGUCAACGGCACAGUGGUACGCAGCGCUGAGGAGAAGACGGCGGAGUACGCCGUCUUUGCUUUGGUGCCCAUCUUCUGCGUGAUGGGCCUGUUGGGCAUCCUCAUCUGCAACAUCCUGAAGAAGAAGGGAUACCGCUGCUCUGCUGACAAGGAGGGAGGCGAUGAAGAAACUCCCACACCGCAGAAAGAAGGUAACAGUUGUCCCUACAUAUCUGACGACCUGAAUGAAGACACCAUCAGUGUUCUGGUUCGCCUCAUUACUGAGAAGAAAGAAAAUGCUGCUGCGCUCGAGGAACUGCUGCUGGAGUACGAGAGCAAACAGAUGGCCAUGAGCAAAGGCUCGUCAAUCAAGUUCCCGAUGCUGUCUCCCCUGUCCCCGUUCCGCUCCCUCCCCAGGCUGUGCCCCCAUCAGUCCCACCUCCACACCAUCUCUGGCCUCUCCGGCCUGGCCCCCAAACACGGCUACCGCUGCACCCGCUGCGCCCAGAGGAAAUGGCCCCCUGUCCUCAUACCUCCCCUGGACUCCCUGAAGGAUCCCCUGAAGCCCCCCCAGAACCUCAUCCUGCCCUCCCUGGACACAUCUGCCGACCAGCAGAAGAGACCCCUGCUGGGGGGAGUGUUUGUCGACAACCACCACACGCAAGCUGCUGUGCCAAAUACUGUUCCGGAAAAAGUGGAAGCGGGUGAAGUGAAGGAGCGGAAGGAGGGAGAGCUGACGGUGCUGUCUGUGGGGAGAUUUCAAGUCGCUCAGAUCCCCGAGCAGAAGCCCGUCAUCGUGGAAACCAAGACAUCGUGCCAGGAGCAACGAAACUCCCUGUUUGGAGGGAAAUCCUUCUGCUCCUCUUCAUCAUCCGGCAUCAGGAGGUGAAGAGACGGAGAGAGGGUGUACGAUAACGCUACCUCGCUGAAGAUGACCUCAUCGUUCACUGACACUGACAGCUGGCAGGGAGGGUGCUUCUAAAUGACUGACACCAAGAAGCCACAAGAACCACCUCCUGCUGGAAGACGCAGUUUCUGUUCCCGCGACAAGAGGGUUAUAUUACUGUAUUUAUUAUUACAUAAGCAAACAUUGUAUUUUGCAGACGUAUCACGUGUACCAUCGUAAAAGGUCAAAUCACAGCUGCUUCACUGUCUCAAGCUACCUUGAGCUACUGGAGAGCGUAGCUUUGUGAUAAUAAGCUGUCAACACCUGACACUAUAAGCACGGAUGAGAGGGAGAAAACUAAGAAGUUUGGAUCACAAAAAGAGCACAUUAGUCCCUGUAUUCAUGCCACCAUGUAAAAAAAAAAACAAAAAACACACACACACAGGCUACAUUCAGCGCAUUUGCUUAUAUAACGACUAUAAUAUAUGCAUGGUCUUUCUUCUGUACAGUGACGCAAGGACUAAACAC